AUGUCGUCUAGUGACUCACUUGCUCUGGACACGCCAGCCGCACUCGUUCCCGCCGUAGCCGCCGCCGCCCCCGCACCUCCGCUCGCCGAGCUAGGUACAGCGGGCGAUUCCAACUCCUUUCUUCGCAAACUGUUUCUACAACGUCUUCCCGCUAAUGUCAGGAUGGUGCUCGCCUCUGCCGACGACUCAACGGACCUCCACAAGCUCGCCGACAUGGCAGACAAGGUGAUGGAGGUGGUUUCACCCACCGUUGCGGCACUCUCCGGUGACCAUCCCGACCAUCCCGACCGCACAGACGCCUCCGAAAUGGAACAACUCAGGGAGAAGAUCAUCCUACUGACUUCUCAGCAGAUGUCACACAAGUAGUUAACGUAACCUUCAAUAGCACCACAAAGCAAGACACACUGCAUGGUAACUGCAGACAAAGACACGAACUAAAAAGGACCCUAUGUUAGUAUACAGUCCAAGUGACUUGAUUUUGUGGCCACGACUGGCAAUGUCUUUGGAGGGGGAGGUGAGGAGAGGACAGCCAUGGAGGAUGAGGAUGGAGAGAGAGGGACAGUGGGAGAGGAGACACAGGACUC